AUGGUCCAUAUUGAGUGUUCGCACUGCAAAGCUCUGCAUUUCGUCCAAGAACGCAUCGUGAGCAGCUCUGCCGCAAGGCCCAUGUUUUCCACAUGCUGUGGGAAGGGGAAGCUGUCACUGCCCCUUCUCACCGACCCGCCAGCUCUUCUGCGCUCUCUUCUCAUCGAUGAUACUCCAAGGGCCCGCCGCUUCCGUAAAAACAUUCGAGCAUACAAUUCAGCGCUGUCUAUGGCGUCCGUGGUCGCCAAAUGGGUGAACAGAGGGACCGGUACUUCCAAUUUUAACCCCACAAUGACGAUGCAGGGCGAGAUGUACCAUUACAUGGGUCCCAUGAUGCCAUCCGAGGGGCGGGCGCCUUCCUUUGCUUCCGUUUACAUUCACGACACUGACUACGGUACUCAAACGCGCACAAGGCUUGGCGGAGCCUCUACACGGCUGGAAGACACACUGUUAAUGCAACUGACGCACAUGCUGCACGAAUGCAACCCCUACGUGCAGACUGUUCUCAGUAUGCGAGAAUGGGCUCAAUCCCCUCAACCCAACACUCCAGCCCCGUACCAGAUGGUCAUCCAUGCCGACCGCAGGCCAAGUCAUGAGCACGUGCGCCGGUACAAUGGUCCCGAAGCUUCUGAAGUGGCAGCAUUGAUCCCUGGAAAUGAAGACGGAGAGAUUGGGCGAAGAGAUAUCGUCGUGCGCAGGCGAGGGACUCUGAACAGUAACGGGAACGAAGUGCUGGAUCCGAUUUCAGUCAGUCAUCGUGCAUACGAUCCGUUGAGUUACGUGCUUUUGUUCCCGAACGGUAGAGAUGGAUGGUAUCCAGAGCUUCGAUUCUCCAGUGAUGACGACGGCAGACGUACCAAAAUUACUCCGAUGAUGUACUACGGAUGGCAUUUGUUCGAAAGAGCAGGCGAGUUCAGCACAAUCUUGCACGCAGCGCGACUCUUUCAGCAAUAUUUGGUUGACCAGUUCUGCAAAGUGGAGGCAGAAAGGCUUUCGUAUCUCCGCCACAACCAGACACAGCUUCGAGCCGCCGACUACACCUCACUGCGCGACAGCCUAGGAGACUCCGGUCGUGCUGAAGAUGAAGCCGAUGCCGUGCGUGCGGGACGACUGUUCAUUCUCCCUUCCACGUACAUUGGAGGUGACCGCUAUAUGAGGCAGCAGAUGCACGACAUCAUUGCUAUAUCGAACCAAAUUGGCCACCCGGACAUCUUCCUCACUAUGACAUGCAAUCCAAGCUGGCCGGAGAUCACAAGACCCCUACUGCCGAACCAAACGCCUCAGGACAGACCGGACCUGUGCGCACGUGUGUUUCGUCUGAAAAUGAAAGAUCUCAUGUCCUUGGUCAUCAACGAGGAAGUAUUCGGAACCGUCGUUGCCCAUGUACGAGUCAUCGAAUUUCAGAAACGCGGUCUUCCCCACGCUCACGUUGUAUUUUUCCUAGAUGAAGUCUCCAAGAAUGAUCUGCGUACUCCCGAAAACGUCGACCGCAUUAUCUCUGCCGAGAUCCCGUCUGCCCAAGAUCCAGAACUCCAAGAGGUCGUGCUCAAGCAUAUGAUUCACAAUCCAUGUGGAGAACGCAAUCCAACAGCCGUGUGCAUGGGCGAGCAGUACUGCAGGAAAGGGUUUCCAAAAUCGUUCAAACACGAAACCAGCCAGUCCGACAGUGAGUACUACAUCACGUACCGCAGAAGGUCCCCCUCUGCAGGUGGCGUCUCCAUCGAGCGACCCUCCCGUGUUGGCCGACGACAGCAAUCCGUCGUGGUCGACAACUCCUGGGUCGUUCCCCACAGUCCUCUGCUUCUACGAUCAUUCGCUUGCCAUUUGAAUGUGGAACUCUGCGUGUCACGCGUUGGCGGAAUCAAGUACCUCUUCAAGUAUGUUUGCAAGGGACAAGACCGAGCCGCAUGGAGGUUAUUCUCCUUUGACAUUGUAGAUCGCAAUCCUCCAGCGGUCAGACUUACGGUGCAUCUGCCCAACCACCAUACAGUAUACUUUGAGGAAGGGCGAGAGCAGGAGGCGGCGCUUCGACCAGCAUCAGGUACGAAGCUGACUGAGUGGUUUAAAGCCAACGAGAAGUACCCAAGCGCGAGGCAUCUUCGGUACCACAAGUUUCCAAGGUACUUUACGUGGAAGACACGCACCAAGUCAUGGACCUACGAUUUCAGUGGUACAGGUGCCAACGUAGUCGGUCGAAUCUACACUGUCAGUCCGAGGGAGGGUGAGCGCUACUUUCUUCGCCUCAUCCUCACACAAGUGCCAGGGGCAACAUCCUUCGAGAACUUGCGAAAUAUCGACGGCGAGCAGUGCACCAGCUUCCGACAAGCUUGCUUACGACUCGGUUUGCUGGCCGACGAUGCCGAGUGGAAGCACGCAAUCCGAGAUUCAUUCCGGUCAAGCUUCGUUCCUCUUUCUCAUCUGUUUGCUACGAUUCUGGCACACUGCCAGCCUUCGGACCCUCUCUCGCUGUGGAACGACCACCUGGACAUGUUUCUCACCGAUAUUCGCAAUCGUGCACGCAGACAACCCAUUCGAAGACAGCAGCUUCGCGAUGAUCACCACGCCACAUCUUACGUACUUCGAGAGGUACAGGAGGCUCUGCAGACCGUGCGAUCCGACUGGACGCUCGCAAACUUCGGACUCCCACUGCCCGAUGACAGCCUGCCCGCUUUGGAACAGCAAAACGAGAUCGAGACCCCCGAAGCACGAGCGCGGCAUGGUCGUCUCUUCUUCCUCGAUGCUCCUGGCGGAACAGGCAAAACAUUCGUGCUCAGCGCCAUUCAAGACUUCCUUCGUACGCGCCGUAAGCAGGUCAUCGCUGUCGCUACGUCUGCUGUUGCUGCUGUGCUGCUCGACGGUGGACGCACCGCUCAUUCCGUGUUCAAGAUUCCCAUUCCUGUAUCUGCCGAAAGCACGUGCAGCUUCUCCGCAAACUCCGACACAGGCCGUACACUGCAACAAGUCGAUCUCAUCAUAUGGGACGAGAUCGUCAUGUGCCAUCGACAUUGCAUUGAGACUGUCGAUCGCUCCCUUCGAGACUUGAUGCAAACCGACCGGCCCUUCGGAGGAAAGUUCCUCGUGCUCGCUGGAGACUUUAGACAAAUCCUUCCCGUCGUUCCGGGCGGGUCCAGAGGUCAAAUCGUGAGUGCGUGCGUCAAGGCUUCCCCGCUGUAUCGAGAGUGCCGAUUCCUCUGCCUUACCGAGAACAUGCGCCUUCGCCCGGAGUGGAUCUCACUACCACAGUCCGUUGCGUUCGAGCACACAAUCCGCAAUUUAUGCCUCAAGGUCUUCCAAGGCAUUCGAGACAAUCACGCCGACCCUGCCUGGCUCACCAAGCGCGUUAUACUCACCACAAAGAACAGGCCGCUCGCGGAAGUCAACGAGGUCAUCGGCAACAUGAUUCCGGGAUCGUAUCGAACGUAUUUGAGCGCAGACAAGGUCGAGAACGAAGACACCAACGCGCUGAUCUAUCCCACAGAAAUGCUCAACACCUUGACCGCCGGAUCUGCUCUACCAGACCACAAGCUCAAGCUCAUGAAAGGCUUCAUCGUCAUGCUUCUGCGCAAUUUCGAUCCCGCUACCGGUCACGUCAACGGCGCGCGAUAUGUCAUCGAGAACAUGACCAACAACCUGCUCUUUCUACACGUUACCACCGGGUCACACCAAGGCAACAGACUGUGUCUUCCUCGAAUGCCCUGCGGACCAGGAGACGACAACUUUCCCAUCCCGGGCUUCACCCGAAUGCAGUUCCCCAUUCGCACGUGCUUCGCCCUUACAACGAACAAAGCGCAAGGCCAAUCCUUCGGUGGCCGCAUUGGUCUCGACUUACGAGAUCACUGCUUCUCGCACGGUCAACUCUAUGUCGCACUAUCAAGGACUACUCACCCAGGCAACGUCACUGUCCUCACUCGAGAGUCCAAUGAAACCACGCGAAACGUAGUGUACCCCGAGGUCCUUCAGUAG